GCCACACGAAAAUGGCGAACACGAGCACUGCGAUGAACGACGAGCUGAAAAAAUAAUUAUUAUUUUAAAUUCCGUUUUGCCAGCGAAAUUCGGUGCGUGCGCGAAAAAGAGUGCGGAAAAGCGCGGUUGGUUAAUAAGCAAGCCAAAUUAUUGACGCAUUAUGAGGCGGUCAAAGUGCGGCGCCAAUGGAAAUGGUCAGCCAAAUGGUUAAAAAUAUGUAGCAGCGUGCCAGCCCCUAGAAAAUCAAAUAGAAUCACAAAUUUUUAGUUUUCUGCCUUUGCGAAUUAUGAAAAACCAAUCGCAAUGCGUGUGUGUGUGUGUACGUGCGGUGCGUGCGCGCGUGUGUGCGUGAGCGAGCGUAGAAGCAAAAGGCGCAGUGGAAAAUAAAAAUAAAAGCGAACCAAAAUUUAAUAAAAAAAAAUAAAGAAAAAGAAAAACGAAAAAGAGGUGAACAAGCGAAAAAAAGAGAAGAAAAACAAGAGAAGCAGCAGCAAAAACAACACAAAACUGGCGGUAAAUACGCAUGCAGUACAAAAAAAAAAAGAAGCAGCAACAACAAAAACAACCAAACGCAACGUAACGGGAACUCUUUGACGUAUUUCCUCUAUUAUUAUGCAAAAAGGCAGGCGGCAAAUUGCAGCAGCAGCGAAAAUCAAAUAUAAAUAGCGAAAAGCAGGAUAUAGGAUAUAAAGGAUACCCAACGUGUUGAGCACGCCAGAAACCAUAAACAAAAGCCAACAACAGGAAUUCAACAGGGAAGCUUUCUGAAAGAAAGGAAAAAAAAACCAUUAAAAUGGCAGCGGUACGAGGACAUCAGUAUUUCAGCCUGCGCUGGAAUAACUAUCAGAAUACGAUGACGUCAGUGUUCCAGCAGCUGCGCGAGGAUCUGUCCUUUGUGGACGUAACCCUAUCCUGCGAACACGGAUCCCUCAAGGCGCACAAGGUUGUCUUGUCCGCCUGCUCGACGUAUUUCCAAAAACUACUCCUCGAGAACCCUUGCAAACAUCCCACCAUCAUCCUGCCCGCCGACAUCAUCUUCACCGACCUGAAAACCAUCAUUGAUUUUGUUUAUCGUGGGGAAAUCGACGUCACCGAAUCGGAAUUACAGGGCCUCUUGCGCACCGCCGAGCAGCUAAAGAUCAAAGGUCUCUGCGAAACCGCCGAGAAUGCGGAUGACCUGAACGACGCGGCCACAGCAACGAUCACAGUUUCUGAGAACAUUCAGCAGGCGGUCGUUGGUAAUAUCGUAAACGCCACCAUAGUUCCGGGAGCUCCAUCGCCCUCCUUGGAACAGCAGCAGCAGCAGCAACACCACCAGCAACAGCAGGCACAGGAGCAGCAUCAGCAGCAGCAACAGCAGCAGCAGGUGCAUGCCCAGCAGCAACAGCAGCAGCAGCAACAAAUCCACGCUGCCCUGCUGACGCAACACGGAGUGGCCAGCGGAAGUGUAUCCCUGUCCGGGCAAUUGCUUAGCUCCUCGGCCAGCGGCAGCAGCGGAAGUUCAGCCGGCGGACAGCAGGCUCCACAGACGCCAACAUCCGGUUUGCAGCCCACGCCGCGCAAGUCUCGACUAAAGCGCUCCAAAUCUCCGGAUCUGCCACCGGGCGGAGGAGGAGCAGGAAGCUCUGGUGGUGGCUCAAGUAGCAGCUCAUCGCAGCAGCAGCAACCGCAGCCGGCGCACCACCACCAGCACCACCCGCAGACCAUCCUGAUCCAGGGCCAGAAUCCCAACUCUAUUGUGAGCCUUCAGCAGACGGCCGACGGCAAUUAUAUACCAGUGUCGGCAACUGGCGACGAUUCCGACGUCGAGGAUCACGACCACGAUCACGAGCACGAACACGGCCACGGAGGACAUCAGCACGGAGGACACGGUCACGGCCACGAUCACGAGCACGAUCACGAUCACGAGCACAGUCACGACCACGACCACGAGAGUAAGCCGAAUAAGAUCUGCAAGACCGAGCAGUCGGUGGCCUCGCCGGCGUCCAAUUCAUCCAGCGGCUCGAACAAUGCAGCGGGCGUGAGCGGCGUGACCUCCACCGGCCAAGCCAUCGUCACACAAAUUGUAGUAGCGCGCGACGGAAAAGAUACAAAAAAUAUGACUAGUUUAGGCAUGGGCAUGAACGGCGGCCUGUUGGGCGUGCCCAUGGGAUUCCUGGACUUCACACCCGAGCCACCAGCACCAUCUGCCACCCCAGUCACCGUUACGGAGCACGUCGAUCUGUCCUGCAACCCCAGCACGGACACGCGCGAUCUAUCAAAUCCCACCGAACCGCUCGAUAUAGACAAUCAUCUGGCUCAGCAGAUCCAUCGGCUCGAUCAGUCCCCCAUGCACUCGAUAUCGCAUCACCAUACCGGCGAUGAGAGCAACUCGAAUCUGGUGCAGCACAUCAAAAGCGAGGUGAUCGAGGCAAAGCACCUGGCGGCUGCCCAGCAGCAUGCACUUAGCCAGCAGCAACAUGCCCAUCACCAGGCCCACCAGCAACAGCAGCAGCAGCAGCAACACCAACAGCAUCAGCAGCAACAGCAGCAGCAACAACAGCAGCAACAUCAACAUCUCCAUGCACAGCAGCUGUUGGCCCAGAGUCAGUUGCAGCAGCAACAGCAGCAGCAACACCACCAGCAGCAACAACAGGCAGCCGCAGCAGCAGCAGCUGGUGUGCAUGGCCAGCAUGGGGGACAUGUGACGCAUGCCGAUAUCGGCGGUGCCACAGUCAUGGAGAUUGAUCCGAGUCAGAUUAAACACGAGCCGGGCAUGAUAAUAACGCCAGAGAUUGUCAACAUGAUGUCCUCGGGGCAUAUGGACAUGUACAACUCGGACACGAGCGAGGAUUCGAUGAUGAUCGCCAAUGGCUCGCCGCACGAUCAGAAGGAGCCGCACUAUACGAAUUUGGAUCAGCAGCACGGUAUGGGUGGCAGCGUUUGCGGCCCGGGGCCGGGAGGUGCUGGUGGUGGUGGGGGCAUGAGUGGUGGGGCUGGCUCUGGCUCUGGCGAGAAAGGUCAGUUUAAUGGUCCCAAAGCUUGGACACAAGAUGAUAUGAAUUCAGCUUUAGAUGCAUUAAAGAACCAAAACAUGAGCCUGACGAAAGCGUCCGCCAUUUAUGGCAUCCCAUCGACCACCCUGUGGCAACGUGCUCAUCGUUUGGGCAUCGAAACGCCCAAGAAGGAGGGCGGCACCAAGUCGUGGAACGAGGAUGCCCUGCAGAAUGCCUUGGAGGCGCUACGUUCGGGUCAGAUAUCCGCGAACAAAGCAUCAAAGGCCUUCGGCAUCCCCUCCUCGACGCUCUACAAGAUUGCCCGGCGCGAGGGCAUCCGCCUUGCGGCGCCGUUCAAUGCCGCCCCAACCACAUGGACGCCCGAGGAUCUGGAGCGUGCCUUGGAGGCGAUACGGGCGGGUAAUACUUCGGUGCAGAAGGCCAGCGCUGAGUUUGGCAUACCCACAGGAACACUUUACGGACGCUGCAAACGGGAGGGCAUUGAGCUGUCGCGUUCGAAUCCAACGCCCUGGUCCGAGGAUGCCAUGAACGAGGCCCUGAACUCAGUGCGCGUUGGCCAAAUGUCCAUCAACCAGGCGGCCAUUCACUAUAACCUGCCCUACAGCUCGCUCUACGGCCGCUUCAAGCGGGGCAAAUACGACGUGGUGGCCAACACGAGUGGCGUGGCGCUGCUCAACACCUCGGGCAACACCACUGGCAGCAUUGAGAUUAUCGAGCACAGUCAGGAGAAUUCGUUGCAUAUGUUACAGCAACAGUUCCCGUACAGCCCGUCGCCGCAUCCGCCAACGCCGCAGCACCACAGCACGCCGCAGCAUCACAGUACGCCGCAGCAGGGGCCGCCGACGCCCCAGCACAUGCAGCAGCACGUAGUACACAUGCAACAGCAACAGCAACAGCAGCAGCAGCAGUCGCCCCAUCCGGGCCACCAUCCGCAGCACAUGCAGCAGGAUGUGGUCACAUCGAGCAGUCAGGUGGUGCACAGCCAGCAGCAGCAGCAGCAACAGCAGCAGCUUCAGCAGAUCUAUCAGCACCACGGGACGCCGGAGCGUAGUUGAGAAUCACUGCAUGCUGCGGCAAUAAUGGGCAGCACCGGCGGAGGUGGAGGAACAGGAGGUGGUGGAGCAGGAGUAGGAGUAGGAGUUGGAGGAGGAGGAGGAGCCAGCUCUAGUGGCAGCACGGCGGCCAGUAGCACACCCUUUGCCAGCAUAUCGGCGCUGGUCAGCGGACCGUCUAGUGCCCCACCACCACCGCCGGUGGCGGCCAGUGGCUCGUCGGCGUCAGUCAGCGGCGGCACCAGCAAGCGCAAGAAAGCCAACAAGCAAAAGCGUUGAGAGCAGGAGGAGCAGGAUCAGCCACAACAUGGCUUGGAAACAAUCGCCGGAGUGGCCAGGCCCGAGGACAUCAAGUUUAGAUUUAAUUGCAAGCACUGGAAGCGCAAGCUGCGGCAGUUUCAUUUGCUAUUGUCCAAACAGCAGUAGUCAGUCAGUCAGUUAGAAAGAUAUACCACAUUUAUAAAUGACCCGCAGACAAAAAAUUCCCAAGGGUGUAGGACAAAGCAAUCACAAAAAAAAAAAAAAAACGUAAAAACAAAAAAGAAAAAACCCUUUUGAACUAGAUGGACAUUAAUUACACAACCGAGAUGUGUAUAAAAUGUAAAUAUAUAACGAAAUAUGCUUUAUCUACAUUAUACGGAACAUAGUUAUAUUAGGUAUUAGGUUUGCAAAAGUCCUUUGUUCUAGCCAAGUAAGUUGAAGCAGAGAGAGUAGAAGAUAAACAACACAUACUUAGAUCGUAAGAGAAAAAUGAAUUUUAGAUUUGCCUAGACUCGAAAGAUAAAUGGAUUCGUUUUGGGCUCGCGGUUUUAAGAGCACUUUGUUAUCAAUGGACAUGGACACGCGUAUAUAUUUUAUUGGACUCGUGACCAUUUCUGAGAACCUUGAACUAAUAGGAACUAAUAGUGCCCCCCUUCUGCGUUUUUGUUAUAAUUUUCGCUUAGUGUGAGACUGAAAGUGCGCCUAAAACUGUAGAAAUCCAAGCCCAGAACUAUAGUGAACACACGCAUACAACACACAACCCAUACAUGAAUCAAAUGCUUUAUAAACAUAUAUUGUUUGAACGGAGAGAACGAAGGGGAGAAUACCUUAAUGUAGAAUUAAACCAAAUUAUCAAGGUCCUAGAAAUUAAACUCAUUAGCUUGUAAUGACAACAGCAAACAAAACAGAUCAGAUAAGAUGGAAAAAACCAGAGUUAUUUGAAUUUAACUGGAGGCGCCCUGAAUCAACCAAUAUUAAUUUGAUUUCAACUGAAUUAAGAGUAUAGCCAAUACAUUGUAAUACAUAGUAAUGAAGUAAUUGCAAGGAAACAACACAUGGAAUGUAUUUUUGAUAGAACCAGAAAGAGAAAAACAGAAGCAGCCGAAAUUACCGAAUCAAACUGCAAAUGUUGUUAAUGUUAAGCUCUAAAUCUAAAUAAUGUCCUUUCGAAAUCGCAUUCAAAACAAAGAUUUAUAGCAAGCUUGUAAGAGAAAUCAACCAAUAAAUACACACGUAUAUAUAUGGAUACAAAAAACACCUCUAAGUGAACUGUAAAACGUCUUAGUAUAGUAAUAAUAAACCUUUCCUUCUUUAAAGAACCCCUUAUUCAAGCGACUUUGGUUGCACCCCUCACCCCACAAAAGGAAGUAGACCUAAUUGUAUCUGUAACGAAAAUCGGAAAUAAAAUCUACAAGGAGAAACAAAUUAUAUUAAAAUUUGGAAUUAUAAAUUUAAAAAU